ACUUGUAGUGAACAGUGGACUGUGUGUUUGCUGAUAGGUCGAUUCUUAGAUUGGUUGCUAGAGAACGGUACAACACGUCAGUGACAACAAAACCACGCCGACACCAUAGCUGUCAGGACGGUGUCAUAUUUCUAUUGUAUAUUUUUUCUUGAUUGUAUUGGAAACGUUCACUAUGUUUUAGAUUUAGCUACAAUGAAUAUUUAAUUUUAUUUCGUGUGUAUGAGAAAAACUCUGAAUAUUAAAUAUCAGUUCUUAACUUAUUUUUUACAAUAUUUUACUCAGAUACAGUUCUGUGUUCCUUAUCUGGAAAUUUCUCUAUUGAAUCUCGUGUGUUGUUUAAUUACAAUUAUAGCUAAGCACUAUACACAAUGUCAGAUGCAAUUUACGGUGGAAUCGAAGGAGGUGCCAGCAAUUCCUGUGCCGUCCUUUACAAUGCCCAAGGAGAGGAAUUGGCACUUGUUAGAGGACCACACACUAACCACUGGCUUCUGGGUAUGGACGGGUGCCAUGAAAGGAUCCAUAACCUGAUUGUUGCUGCUCUCAAACAAGCCAACCUGCCUCCAGACACAACUUUAAGAACUUUAGGACUGAGCUUGAGUGGGUGUGAAGGUGAGGAGACCUGUGAGGAGAUGAAGGCAGGCAUGGCAGCCAAAUAUCCACAUAUGAGUAACCAUUAUGUUGUAUGGAGUGAUACAGUUGCACCUGUCAUAGUGGCCCACGAAGAGGGAGGUGUUGUACUGAUAUCUGGAACUGGUACGAAUGCUCUGCUCAUCAAUCCGGAUGGAAGCCAAAGCAGAUGUGGAGGAUGGGGAUUCCUGCUGGGGGAUGAGGGAGGGGCUUUUUGGAUUGCUCACAAACUGAUAAAAGUUUACAUAGACGAGCAAGACAACUUUGAACAACCUCCACACAACUAUAGCACAGAGAAAGCAUGGGAAUGUGUCAAAAAGUAUCUUAAAAUUGAAAACAGGUUCGACUUGCUGCCUCACUUUUAUCGCAACUUUGAGAAGUCUGAGAUUGCAGGAUUGACAAAAGAGCUUGCCGAGGUGGCCAAGCAAGGAGACUUGUUAUGUCGAUGGGUCUUCAGCGAGGCUGGGCGUACUUUGGCCAAGCACUUACUAGCAGUGUCACCUGAUGCUCAUCCGAGCCUAUUGGAGUUUGAAGGUGGACUGCCAGUGGUGUGUAUUGGCUCUGUAUGGAACAGCUGGGAUCUCCUCAAGCCAGGCUUUGUCGAUCAGCUGGAUUCUGCAGACCGAAGUUGUCUAUCUGAGGCUUCUCUCAUACAGCUCAACACCUCAGUAGCGUCUGGCGCCACAUACCUGGCAGCUGAAUCAAUAGGUUUUCGCUUACCCAGAAAUCAUUCAAACAAGUUCAAGGUAUUCUUUCAUUAUCAACGAAACAAGAAAGUAUGAACUGUAAAUGUAAGUACAGUCUGAAGUUGCUGUGGAAAGUGAUCUUAGCUGAAACUGAUCAAAAACUGUCCCAGGAAAGAAUAGUUUUGAAAACGUAGUAAUGGUUGACAAAUUUACAUUUUGAGAAUAUGGCACAUAUUUGGAAUGGGCUACAUAUUUAUGAAGCAAUACUGGUUCAGAAUCAAUUAAAAUGUUGGUGGGGAAUGAAAACACGUUAAAAGUAGAAGGGUAAAACAAAGUGUAUUUCUAUAAUUUUAUUUAUUCAAGCCAGUAAGCUUUUUUGAUCAUUUUUUUGUUUUGAUUACUUUUCCAAUAUUUGUAUACUACUUAUUUGUGUACUACUUAUUUGUGUACUACUUAUUUAGCAUGUAUUAAACUGAAACAUUAAAAUGUCUCAGGAGAUAGAAUGACUAUUCGGCAUAUUAUUUAGUUAAAUUAGUAUUAUUAUUAUUAUUAUUUGCUUUUUAAAGGAAUGCUCUAUAGUAAUAGUGGAAACCUAUAUGAAGUACUUUUGACAAAUUUCUUUACUUUGUCACAAAACACUUAUCCAAUAUAAUAUAAUAUUGUAAUAGGAGGAGAUUUUAAUAUACAUUUUGAUGUAACAAAAACUAUAAAACUGUU